GGUAGUUGGUUUUAACUUGCAUCUUUUACUUCCCUGAAUUCCAUCUUUACUCUGAGAUUUUGACGCAUCAGCAGAGCAACGGAGAGGGAUCGGGCAAAACUAGGGUUUAAAAGGCCAUGGCUGGAUCAGGGAGCUCGAUGCUGUAUUCAUUUCUGCUAUUUACUGUGAUUCUCUCACUCCAAGAGAUGUAUCGAGGGAAGUUAGCGUCGUCGGAGCUGUUUACAAUACUUGGAGGAUUCAUCAGCUCCCUCUUGUUUCUGGUGUCACUAACGUUCAUUGGGAAUUUCCAGGAAGCAUGUGGGAUGAGAACUGGCUGGGGUGCUGUCAUAUUAGCAGAAGCAGUUGCACUGGUUGCUGCUGGCACUGUUCACCGAGUUUGUAUCACAACAUGUUUCUUGUUCUCAGCUGGAUUACUUUAUGAGAUCAGCAAGAUUUCAGGAGUGACGCUUUCUAAAAGCGAAUCAAAAACAAAGAGGCACUGAGUUGAAAUAUUGUUCCUUUGCACGGUAAUCCAUAUUUGAUUAGAAUGCUACCUCUUUGUGCCAUAGGGACUAGAUGUAAUCAAUAGUCAUCAGUGAUGCGAAUUUAGAAAUUUAUUUGUAGACGUUACUGCUACCAAGGACUUACACACGGGUAAUGGGACAUAGAUCUUCUCUCCACUCCCUCCCUCACCCUUUUUUUCCUUUGAAUGAAGAAUUUUACGAAUCGAUAUUUUUUUUUCUUGCCCAUUGGUGCCA